AUGACCUUCGUGAAAAGCUUCAGGUCAGCGAUGGCGUCCGCUGAUCUGAGAGAAGAGUUAAACUGCUCGAUCUGUCUGAAUAUUUACACGGAUCCGGUAAUGCUGAGCUGCGGACAUAACUUCUGCCAUGACUGUAUCCGGAAUGUGCUGGAUACACAAAAGGGAGAUGGGGUUUAUACCUGUCCUGACUGCAGAGCAGAGUUUCAAGAACACCCUGUUCUGUACAGGAACCUGAAGCUGCGUAACAUUGCAGAGCAUUUUAUCUCUGCGCAACCAGAAAAAGAGGAUUCUGGGAUAUUCUGUACUUACUGCGUUCACACUCCUGUACCUGCAACUAAGACAUGUCUGCUCUGUGAGGCUUCCCUGUGUGACGUCCACCUGAGUGUACAUAGCAAGUCUGCCGAACAUGUCUUAACGGAUCCCAUUUCUUCCCUGGAGAACAGAAAAUGCUCCGUCCACAAGGAGCCCCUGAAAUAUUACUGCUCUCAGGAUGCAACCUGUGUCUGUGUGACAUGUAUGAUUUUGGGGGAUCACAAGGGACAUCAGGUUUGUACCCUGAGUGAGGCAUCUAGGAAGGAGAAGGAGAAAAUGAGAAAUAUUUUGGAGAAACUGACCCUAAAUCUAGAGGAAACUAAGAUAAAACUUCAGAACCUGCAGGAACGCAAGAACAAAGUACAAUAUAAAGCUGCCGAAGUAACUGAGAGAGUCUAUGCUUUUUUUUGUGAUAUUAGAGAACAGCUGAAAUCCUUAGAGAAGCUAAUCCAGAGUGAGAUCUCCUGGCAGGAAGAGCAGAUCUUACUCCUAGUCCCAGAUUUAAUACAGCGGCUGGAAAUAAAGAAGGAGGAUCUUACCAGGAAGAUGGGUCACAUUGAGGAGCUGUGUAACAUGACGGACCCACUAACUGUCUUACAAGGAUGGCAAGCAGACAGCGCUGACUUUAAUGAUACUGAGGAUGACGAGGAGAGAGACGAAGAUAAUGACACACAAGCAGACAGCGCUGACUUUAGUGAUACUGAAGAUGACGAGGAGACAGAUAGGGAUAAUGACACAUCUUCUGCUGUAGAGGAUCUGGAUGAGGUUCUGGUCUCAUUGACCUUGGAGUGUUCAUUAAAUGAUGUCAUCGCUGAUGUAAAAAUAAAGAAUGGACUCCAUGUGCCGGAGGUUUCAGACCUUUUAUUAGAUGUAAACACAGCUGCUAAUGAUGUAUCUGUGUCAGAGGAUUUAAAAACGAUAUCCAGAUCUGAUGUAAAGCUGAACCGACCGCAAAGAUCUGAGAGAUUUCUUAAUUUUCAGGCUUUUAGUAAACAAUCAUUUUUGUCAGGGCGACAUUACUGGGAAGUGGAGACCAGCGAUACAGGACUUAGCAGGAUCGGAGUAUCUUAUCCCAGCAUAGAGAAGGAAGGCAUUGAUUCCUUUAUAGGGAAUAAUAAUAAAUCCUGGUGUUUGCACAUGUAUAAAAUAGACUAUUCUGUGAUACAUGAUUCAAAGCCAUAUCCGUUACUCCCUGCUCCUUCCUGCCAUAGAUUCGGGAUAUAUCUGGACUAUGAAGCUGGCCGGCUCUCAUUCUAUGAGCUGUGUGACCCAGUCAGACAUUUAUACACCUUCACUGCCACCUUCACUGAGCCUCUACAUGCUGGGUUUUUGGUCUGGAAAGAAGGCAGGAUCGGAAUCCUUAGCUAG